ACUACUCUGCUACACGCUCCCGGAAGUUUUGCCUCGCGCCCCGGAAGCAAUUCCUCAGGCCGCGGGCGUGCUCCGCCUCGCGUUUGGUGUGAGACGUAGAACUGAGCGACCGAAGCCGCGAACGAGAUGCCGGUGGCCGUGGGGCCCUACGGACAGUCCCAGCCGAGCUGCUUCGACCGCGUGAAGAUGGGCUUUGUGAUGGGCUGCGCAGUGGGCAUGGCGGCUGGGGCGCUCUUCGGCACCUUUUCCUGUCUCAGGAUUGGAAUGCGGGGCCGGGAGCUGAUGGGCGGCAUCGGGAAAACCAUGAUGCAGAGUGGAGGCACCUUUGGCACGUUCAUGGCCAUUGGGAUGGGCAUCCGAUGUUAAUCAGGGCAAUGGUUGUCCACUACAGCUACUCCUUCCCAUCAGUGCCAGCUCAUGUACUAUAAUAAAAGAAAUCUUUGAGUAGUC